AUGCCGACUUUUGGUUCCUUCCUCGUCUCCCUUGUGGCGGCCAGCAGUCUCGUCGCCGCCGCACCUGCAACGUCCUCUACUGACCACGACGGAGUAUCCGUCGCGGCCAGGCGCAACGAGCACUUCAGGCCCGAUGGUCCUGCAGCCCUGGCCAGGGCCUACAGAAAGUUCGGCAAGCCUCUGCCCCUGGAUCUCGCCCGUGCCGUCAGCCGCUCGCAUCGGCAGAGAACAUCGACCGGCUCGGUCGUUGCAUCGUCCCCCCAUAAUUACGACGUCGAGUACCUGGCGCCUGUGCAGAUAGGGACGCCAGCCCAGACUCUUCCCCUGAACUUUGACACCGGCUCCAGCGACCUCUGGGUCUUCAGCACCCUCACCCCCCCAAGCGAGGUCAAUGGCCAGAAACUGUACGACCCCAGCAAGAGCUCAAGCUCGCAUCUCAUGGAUGGCGAAAGCUGGAACAUCGUCUACGGGGACGGCAGCAGCUCCGGCGGCUCCGUGUAUAGCGACGUCGUCUCUAUCGGUGGUCUGGCUGUCCAAGGCCAGGCUGUCGAGGUUGCCCUGCAAGUCUCGCAGCAGCUCACCAACGACUCCAGCUCUUCUGGCUUGGUUGGACUGGCUUUCAGCUCCAUCAACACCGUCACCCCCGACCAGCAAAACACCUUCUUCGCCAACGCCAUGCCCAAUCUGAACUUGCCCCUGUUCACGGCCGACCUGAACCACCAUGCUGACGGCACGUACAACUUUGGAUUCAUUGAUAAAUCCCAUUACACCGGCUCCAUUACCUACACUCCGGUUGAUAACAGUCAGGGCUUCUGGGGUUGGACAUCGACUGGCUACGCCGUUGGCUCAGACCGUUUCAGGAAGACGUCCAUUUCCGGAAUUGCUGAUACCGGCACCACUCUCCUGCUUCUUCCCGACAGCAUCGUCAAGGCCUACUACGCCAAGGUACCCGGUGCCGGCUACAACGCCACUGCGGGCGGUUACAGCUUUAACUGCAGUGCCUCUCUCCCCACCUUCAAGUUUGGCGUUGAGAAGUCGGCAAUCACCAUUCCCGGGUCAUUUUUCAAUUUCGCCACCCUUGAGGGCAGCCAUAAUUGCUACGGGGGACUGCAGAGCAGCGACGGCAUCGGAAUCAACGUUUUCGGCGACAUUGCCCUCAAGGCUGCCUUUGUAGUCUUUGACGGUGGCAAAACCCGCCUUGGCUGGGCUUCCAAGCGUGUCACUUGA